AUGGACGACCACUUUCUUCAGACGCUUUCGAGGAACGAUAUAGAUGAUAUAGAUGAGGAUCAUGACCGGAUGGAUGACCAGCUCCUUAAUGUGAUGCUUGGAGGAGACCCCCUUAAUCUGAUGGUGGGAGGAGACCAAGAGGAGACAUUGGAAGAACCAGACCAUAAUGAAACAUUGGAGGAAGAACCGGUGGAAGGACGAGACCAUAAUGAAACAUUGGAAGAACCGGUGGAAGGACAAGACCAACGGCCCAUGCUCUUGGCAAUGUUUGCAGAUGUGGCUACUUCAGUUAGUCAUGCCAAAAGCAUUGGAUUGGAGCGUCCGUUGAAUGUCGAAAGCACUGGACGGGAGUGGGAGAGUCUGUUGAAUGUCGCAAACACUGAAUUGGGGCCUCUGUUGAACCAAGAAGCGGAACACCAACCGGAAGUCCUCCUCCUACCGGAACACCAACCGGCAUUCCCCCGGGUGCAUAGUCAACCACCUACUACAAGUGUUAGAGCCCAACACCAACCGGAAGUCCUACAGGAACACCAACCGGAGCCUCUGUUGAACCAGCCUACAAGUGUUAGAGCCCAAGAAGCGGAACACCAACCGGAAGUCCUACAGGAACACCAACCGGAGCCUCUGUUGAACCAGUUAAAUGUUAGAGCCCAAGAAUCGGAACACCAACAGGAAGUCCUACAGGAACACCAACCGGAACACCAACCGGAAUUGCCCCGGGUGCAUAGUCAACCAGUGGGAGAGGCUGGGCGUCCCGAUCCUGACGGAGAUGUCGAUUGCAUGUCCGUUCCUGACAGAGAUACUGGGGGUGAAGACAGAGAUACUGGGGGUGAAGAUGCCAGGUCCCUUGCUGACAUGGAAGAUGCAAAAAAGGAUGCUGUUGUAAUCUUAGUAGUCGAGAGUGGCAGCGAUGACAGCGAUGAUGGCGUCGACGCGAGAAAGGUGCCUCUCUAUCCUCUCCAUCCUCCCUCGCAGCUUAGUGACAUUGAUUUGAAAAGAGUUUUGGCAGCGUUGAAGGAAGCAUGCAGAACAUCUCAGACACCCUUCGCCAAGAUUAGAACGGAAUGCAUUACGGUCCGGUCCUUCAAGACCCUCGAUGACAGGCUAUAUAUUGAUGACGCAGUUUUGUCUGGGUUUCAAGAGAUCAUGUUUGAUGGGGAAGAUGCAAGUGCAUGUUUCCGCUCUCAGUUUUUUGAGAGGUGCACCAGUUCCUAUUGUGAUCGGUUAAUCUUGAACUAUGGCGGAGUUUGCAAUUGGGCCAAGAGCAAAAGUGACCUUUUCCAGCUGGACACAUUGUUUUUCCCCGCCAAUGUUUCAAGCGCCGUGGCCGACAAACUAGAAGAUGAAACCGAUGGUAAACGCAAAAAGGAAAAGAAUCAUUGGAUAGCGAUCGUUGCAUUUCCAAAAGAAAAACGAAUCCAAGUAUACGAUCCCCUACAAGAGAAGGAAUAUGUCGAUCAUCUGCUUAUUGUCUAUGGGUACCUCUCCCACGAAAGCGCUAUGCGGCAGGACAAAGCUCUUAAAUUUGAAGAGUGGACUCUCACACCCGGGACUGAAUCAAAAUGGGAGCUCCCAGUGACAUGGGAGUUUGAAGGAAGUGCUAGUGUGGAAGCUCCCAAACAAACCAAUGGUUGUGACUGCGGUGCAUUUGUCCUUGCCUUCAUGUAUUCUCUGAUUCGCAAGGAAAAGCCUAGCUUUACUCCAGACGACAUGACCAAUUACCGGCGUUGGGUGGCUCAAACCAUCAUGAAGUACAAGGUACCAGAAGGUACCCGUUGGUAG